GGAGCGCGGUUGCCGUGGAAACCGCGGCCAUGGCGGCGCCCCGGCGGAUGGGCAGCCGCCUCUCCCAGCGCGAGGAGCGGGCCGGCUCGGCCGAGUCGUGGUUUACCAGCAGCGCGUCCUUGGCCCCCGUGGCCCCCGAGCCGCCCGUCUCGCCGGGGCCGGUGGCGGAGCCGCCCGGCAAGAACCUGUGGGAGCAGAUCUGCGAGGAGUACGAAGCGGAAGUGCCUCCCUUUCCAGAGGAGUAUAAAGUCAAACCAGAAGCUGUGAUGACUAGGAAGAAAACCAAAUUCGUUGCCUGUGAUUUUCUGACCGAGUGGUUAUACAAUCAUAAUCCGAAGAGGACAGAGGAGCCAUUCACAGAAUUCUUUUCCAUUCCAUUUGUGGAGCAGUGGCUGCAGCUUCACCCACGGCCGCCAAUCCCACUCUCCCUCCUGCUGACAGAAGAGGAAGCAGCCCUCACCAUUCAGUCCUUCUGGAGAGCCUAUCUGUUUAUCAUUAUUGUAAUAAAUGCUGCAAUACAAAUCUUUGUGCAGCCAUCUUUGCACAUUUGUCUGGUUGUUUAUGUAGGAGGAAUUGUAGAAGUCGAAUUUCUAGGUCAAAAGGUUCGCUGUGAUCCUGAGAUUCAAGAACUGCGUCAGUGGCAGAAGAAACUACGUGAAAACAAGCACAUUCACCAGCGAGUCCGAAUUUUCUGGGCCAAACAAGAACAGAAAGUGCCUAUGAUUUCUUCUCCUGCUUUCCUUCCUGCAGCCAUCUAUUUAGGUGACAGUUGGUUCCCUUCUUCAUAAACAGUGGUUCUCAAUAUUGGCUGCACAUUUGAAUCACCUCGGGAACUUUCUAAAAAUACCAAAGCUAUGGACUGGAAAUUCUAGAAGCAGUGAGCAUUCCUAGUGCCCGGAUCUUGGUUUCUAAGUACCCCUCAUUCUAAUGGAAUCAGGAUUCUUUAGAGAAAUGGCUGAUUCUAGGGCUGAAGCCAGGAAAGGAGAAGAUGAGCCUAGAACAUCUUAUGCCAGAAGAUAAAGAAGGCUCAAGAAAAUGUUGGGGACCUAGGGGAAAAAUACAGCCCCCCCCCCCGCCCCCGGAGGGGAGACUCACUGGGCAAAUCUAGGACAAUUUAAGUGUCAGAGUUAACAGUGACAGUAAUGAAUUGUAACUCAUUGACUAAAAUAAAAUCCAAAUGUGCAUAUGGAUACAAAGUAAAUUAAAGAAAGAAACAAACAAGUGAGGGAGAAGAGGAAGCUUUUCCUUAAUUAGCACGCCACCUUAUACAUUUGGAAGGUGUAAUGAAAUUUAAAAGGCAGUAUUCUGUAACCAUAUUACAGCUGACAUAGCUGACUCAGGCAAGAAUGAUCAAUAUGAGGCUAAACCACUGAGGGAAAGUUUGAUGAGGAAUGUGAUAUUUAAGUCUCAAAAUGUCUCUCCACAAAUUAGUCUUUAACACAAAGGGGAAAAUAGUAACUUUGUAUCAGAGAAACCUGGCAGACCCACCCCAGCCAAGUGUUCAAAAUCAGUAUCAUCAACAAUGGGACAAACUGACAUCAUGUGCCUCCUGCUGUGAUGCGCUGAGGACACGUGACAUGUGCUUAUGCACUGUGCCUGUCGAAAGUGCAGAACUUGAAUCUCAUCAUGAGGACAUGUCGGACAAACCCAGCUUGAGGGACAUGCUCCAAAAUAACUGAUGUGGACUCUUCAAAAAUGCCAAUGUCAAGAAAGACCAAGAUCAAAGGAGACCAAAGAGACAAGGCAGCUAAGUGCAGUGUGUGAUCUUAGACUGGACCCUAGGUGGAGAAAAAAUUCUGUAAAAGACGUUAUCGAGACAAUUAGCAAACCUUGAAUACGGGCUCUAUAUUGGCUGAUAGUAUGGAACACUAUUAAGUUUCCUGAUUUUGAUCAAGUUCUUGGGCUAUGUAAGAAAGCUCCUCAUUCUUAAGAUACAUGCUGAAGUUUUUAGGGAUCAAAGGAUAUCAUAUGUAGCUUAAUCUCAAAUGAUUCAGAAAAAAAUAAUGUGUAACACACAUGUGUACAUGUACAUAUACACACAUGUAUACAGGGAGAAAAUGAAAAGUGAAUGUGGUAAAGUAUAAACAAUGGGGACUCUGAGAGUGCUUUGGAUGAUUAUUGCAACUUUUCUGCAAAUUCAAUAUUAUUUCAAAUUUUUAAGUUAAAAAAAUACCAGUGCCUCACCUCCGGAGAUUCGGACUUGAUUAUUUUGGGAUGGGCCCCGGGCAUCUGUGUUAAUGUUAAGUUUCCCUGAUUCUAAUGGUCUUCCAGAGUUGAGACUCAAAGGAGAAGCCUGAUCCCCAAUUGUUUUGUGCCUUCUUUAAAAUGUGGAGUCCUCUAGGCCCGCGUGUCCUGAGCCCUGGGCAUCCUGCUGAUGCACGAUCAUACGUGUGUUAUUUGUGUCCUUGGCACUUAUGUAUGUUUCUCACCAAAGUGUAAGCUCCAUGAGGACAAAGACCUUGUCCUAGUUCAGUGCCUGGCACAAAAUGAGCACCAAAUAAAUAUCGGUUGAAUGAAUAAGUGAGUCAGUGAGUGAAUGAGUGGACAGGGUUCUGAGGCUUUGGUGAGCCAGCACACAGACAGUGCCCGGUGCAGAGCAGGAGCUCAUCACACUGGCAGUGUCAGGAUCGCUCGUUAGGAAGCAGCUCGAGCUGUGAGUGUCCAGCAGGCUCAGCACAGGCCCCUCUUCCCUGUGCAGCUGCUGUUUCGUUUCACUCCCCGCUGGAGGCCAAUCAGGGCUGUAAUCAGUGUAAAGGCCAGGGAGAGUGCAGCAUCCCUAUCUAUUUCUGUCGUUACCUUUUCUUUUGAGUCGACUUGCUGUUGGUUGACUGACUGAUUUGCCUGGCUAUGAGCAGAGAGGGCAGCCAGGAUUGAAUGGAGAGGUGCAGCCCGCAGCAAGGGGCAGGGUGGAAGCAUUUCUGUCCCAACCACCUGCUGCCCGCGUCCGUUGCCACCUUUCCGGGGCUCCAGCGUGUUUUCCAAACAAGAUAGGGUCUUCAGGAAACGCCACAACGUAAACUCCCGGGUAAAUUUCCCAUUUACGAUGAGACUGCGAUAAAACGGCCCUCGGGUAGUAAAGCCACUUCUGACCCCUGUCCCCAGAUCUGCGGUCAGGGAAGAAGGAAGUACGGUGCAGUGGAUGAAGGCCCAGGUUGCGGAGUUGGCCAGACCUGUUCAUGGCAUCCCGUUACUUUUAUCUGGGUGACUCUGACCUAGCUAACUUCGUUAAGCUGCAGGUUCCCCAGGUGCAAAAUGGGACUCUAAUAAUAGUACCUGUCUCAUACAGUUAAAGGAUGACAAGAGGUGAUCUUUUAGAGCAAGUCCUGGCACACUGUUCCCGUAAAUGUUAGUACUGUCAUUAUUAAAAACCCGUGUUGGGGCGGGGCCGGCAUAGCGGUUAAGUUCUCACGCUUCACUUCCCCGGCCCGGCGUUCACAGGUUCGGAUCCUGGGCGUGGACCACUCAGCAAGCCAUGCUCUGGCGGCGUCCCACCUAAAGUGGAGGAGGAUUGGCACAGAUGUUAGCUCAGGGCCAGUCUUCCUCAAACACACACACACACAAAUCUGUGUGCUUUUAAGCAAUUUUGUGUUGCUCCCCUCCACUAGACUCUAAGCUCCAUGGGGUUCCCUGUGGGGACCAUGUUUGUCCUACCCAUCGUGAUGCCCGCAAACCCAGCACAGGGCCUGGCUCAGAGCAGGCAGUCUGUAUGUAUUCAGUGGAUGGACUUGUGGGCUUAAUUUUACAGAUGAAAAAGUAGAAGCCCAGGAAGGUCAAGGGACUUGCCCAAGGUCACACAGCCAGUGGAGGGCCUGGGGCUGGAGCCCCAGCGUCCCGUUUCUCUGCCCAGUGUUCUGACACAUAGCUGAGGAGAGACGCAGAGACAUAAGACACUCGCUUGGAUUCCACCAUCAGGCCAACCCUCUCAGGAGUCCUCCUGAACAUGACACGCUACUUGUCCCAUUUCUUAUGGCCUGGGCUUCGGGCUCUUGCUGCUUGUGUUUGCGUUGACUGAAGCCCCUCAGGAGGGGCUGACCUUUGAGGGACAGGGUACAGGCUGCUGCCCGCCAGGUGAAGCACGGCUUCCAUUACCCUCUGGUGUCACCGAGCUGCGUCACUUUGUAAAGCUCAUCCACUGCAGAGUUACUUCCUGUUUUAAACCUUAUCCGCCUGGGCAGUGGGAGGUUUAGAAAAGAAAUCCCCGAGCCAAGGGGACGCUGCAAUCAGACCCCAAAGUCCUCUGAUGAAGCAGUUUGAAAAUUAGUGUUAAACACGUGUUCGUCUUCCUUUAAAUUUGCAAUAAAGAAAAGAAGUAGAGGGGUUGCAAAGAAAAAUGGGUUUUCAACUUCAUCUGAAAAGCCCACGAACUCAUCCACAUACAAAUCAGCAAACAAACAUGAUACAUUCCCUGAGGGCCUGCCAUUUUAUCCGUGUCGUGCUCUGGUAUUUGCAGAGUGAAUACGUGUUGCCGAGUUCACUUCUUGGAGCAGCCUGGGCGCAGACAGGAGGCCUGAGGGAGAGAAGCGCCAGCUGUCGGGGUAGAUUCGUGGCCAUUUAUAGCCCAUCUCUUGUUACACUGAGUCAGAAGCCAUCCCAAACAGGGUUUUUUCUUCUAGGACAGAAAUGGUGUGAAGUUAGUCUUGAGUCUCUAGCCACAGGGACAGUUGCAGGAAUUAUUUAAAAAUGUGUGUGACAAGAAUUGCAGCCAAUAUAAUCCAAGAGAAGAUGCCGGAGUCAUUUUUGGGAUGUGGGCAAAAAUCCCUUCUCAAUUAGUAGCAUAUUUUUAGCUUCAUAUAGUCGGUAAUUAUUUUCAAAUGUGCUUUGUAAUAGAAUAUCCAUAUUUUACUUGGAUAUCUAGUAUGAGGAGGAAGAAAGAAACCACAGAAAUUGUCUAUGACAUCAGCUUGCAUUUCAUAUAUAUAUAUGACAUCUGAUUACAUUUCUCCUCUGUGUGUAUUCUUUACAUAUGUGUGAAUACUCUUAAUGACUCUCUCACAUCUUCUUAAUGUUUUAAAGAAAGGGGUGGGGGAGGAUGACCUGUCAAAGGAAAUAGAUUGUUUACUUUUCUUUGCUUACCUGUUUAUUCCCUACCUCAUUCCAAGGGUGGUUUGUUGUAGCUUACAGAAACACACAAAACAUAACAUUUUUAGGUAAAUGUGGUAAUUGGGUUAAGGAAGAAUUAAGAGCAGGGAAAAAAUAAAGUCACUAAGUGCAGUAAGCAAAAUACUUACUCCAAGGCCUAUGCUUGCUAGAGAUUUCUUGGAGACAAAGCAAAGAGGGAAAUAGUGUCUGUUACAUAAUUCACAGUGUCCACAAGAAAAAAGACAAGCCAGUUGUUCAGGAAACACGGGGCCCUUCCCUAGUACAUUAUGCACUGUGAAUAAUAACCUCAAAAAUGUUCCUACAGUAAAUAGAAAUAUGGCUCUGAGCUUCCUAGAAGCCACACCAAUGAAGGAAAUAGGAUCAUUACAUUGUUUAUUGUGUCCUCAGGGUUAAAAAAGUUUUUUGGAAGCCCACUUAUUCCUGGAGCUGAUUUUUCUCUCAUUAAGAGGACACUGUAAUGUAGUGAAUGCCAUCCUUCGCCUAAAUAUAAUAACGAGUUUCUUAGAGCAGCAUUUGCUUCUGGAGGGAAAAGAUGAAAGCCUGGGGUAGGGGUGGAAACCAGAAAAACUUCCUUCCUGAUUAUAAAUAUAGUAUUUUAACUAUUAGGAUUGGGUUUUAAGGAUAGUCUCACAAUAGGCACCUCAUCUUGGCCACACCACAUGCUGUGACCUUAGGAUGCCCCUGGAACCUCAUUCCUAGAGCAGAGAAGGACAUCUGGAACUAAGGACUAGCUGUAAUUUAUUGAACACGCACCAUGUGCCAGGCACUGCACUGAGCAUCUUACGCUUCCGUGUGGUCCUCACACCUGCUCUCUCAGAGAGAGGAUAUUGUCUCCAUUGUACAGAUGAGGAAACCACGGCUGGGAGGAUACAUAACUCUCACCAGGUCCCACAGCCAGGAGGGCCAGAGGCCAGAGCUGCCUGAUGCCGGGGAACCAAAUGCCAUCUCAUGCCAGGUCGUCCAGUUGCUUUAACCUGUGUGCCCAGCAGGGAAUGUUGGCCCAGUGCAAGUCAUCCCAGCAGGGUCCCAGGGCCGGACAGUGGGCACGCCUGGCCAUGCCUCCCACCCUGCACACUAACACUGAAAUGACCACAGGCCACUGGAAGAGGGGAGGUUUGGGGCUGAAGGAGGCUAGGUCCCCAGUCCAAAGGCUGCGGGAUCUCUCUCCAUGUUUCUGGGAGACAUUUCCACUAGAACAAGAAGCCAGGGCCAGUGGAGAAGGAUGAGGCUGUUCUUCUCUCCCUGCUCGACUCCCUGUCCCUCUACCGAUGGGGAACAGGGAGGUGUGCCACCCAAGGUGCAGAGAACAUCUAGCCUGUGGCCCAGGAGAUGGAUUCCGGCAUUGGCUGUGACUCUUUGCGACUAGCAAACAUAAUCUAUCAUAUAACCAAAAAGGUCAAAUUUUCAGUGACUUAUUUUCCAGAGACAACCACUAUUGAGGGUGUCAGCAUAUAGAGUUCCUUUGUCCAUCUAUCAAUAUAUAAAUAUGCACACAUAUACAAAAUAUACUCACACGCAUAUUUAUAAACAUGGAACCGUAUGUGAUGUCUAGUGUACUGUAACUUGCUUUUCCUUCACUUGCCAUCUUUUCAUGCCAAAAUAGAUAGAUCUCUCUCAUUGUUUUUCAUGAUUCCAUAAAGAUGAUAGAUCAGUAUCCUACUUUUUUUUUAGCCAAUCACUGUGGAUGGGUAUUUGGCUUGUAUUAUGACACUUUUUGCCAUAGACACUUUUGUAGAUACCUUCUUACUUACUUAUGGAAGUAUUUCUAUAGGAUAAAUUCCUAGAAAUGGAAUUGCUAGGUCAAAGGACAUGAAUACAUCAAGUUUAGACAGUGAUCACCGUGUCGUCGUCCCAGAAUGCUGCAUCAAUUUAUGCUUGGUGCCACCAGCCCACUCUGGAACUUUUGAUGGGCCAUGCAAGCUUUGUGCUUCAUUUUCCCUACUUGUAAAAUGAGAACGAUUACACCUCAGGAAUAGUUCUAAACGGAGUGAUUGCUUUGAUUAAUACCAUGACUCCUUAAGAGGAAAUAUAUCUGUAAUGUAUGGUAUCACUUUCAUUUUAAUUUUUCUCUCAUAUCUCCUUAAACCUUAGUUCGUUCUCCAUUUUAACCUGCCAAAGAAAUAAAAAUUUGAUUAAAGGAAAUCUAGUGACUUCAUGCCCUGAUGUGACUUUCAUCAGUUCCAUUUUUAAGACUCACCACGGAGCGGGCAUGUUUGCAUAACACUGACUUUCAUACGUAUCUUUGCAUUUAAAAUUUGCAAAAGUCUGCCCAGGAAGGACAUGCCUUCUACUGAAAUGCUCAAAGAUCCCCUACUAUUCUGCUGAAAUUAAAUAGUAAAAUAAAAGAUCAUUUCCUUUUUUAAAUGGUCUGCCCCAAAAGUUCAAGAUCCCAAAUUUAAGCAUACAUGAAUGGAUGCUUUCAACCUCAUUAGCUUCAUUCUCUCAUCUGAAUGUUCAGCAUUCUUCUUGUGGUUAUGUAGAUGCAGAAUGCUUCUGUAGGGCCUAGAUAAAUCUACAAACUUCUGGAAGGCUCAUGGAAGCAGAUUGGAUUACGCUUCCCAUUUACCAACUGUGUAACCUCGUGCAGUUUGCUCAACCUCUCUGUGACUCAGUUUGCGUAGCAAUAAUGUGGAAAUACUAAUAUUAGUAACCACUCUGUAGGUUUUUUGCGAGGAUGAAAUGAACUGGAAUAGUUCCUGGCUCAUAAUAAUAAGUGAUCAAUACAUGGUAACUAUGAUUAGUAAUAUAAACAUUCAGCGUACUGUCGUUAUUAAGAAUAUUGGCCUCGGGGUCUGACAGAACUGGGGUCCUGCCUCUUCCCCUCAGUGUGGUCAUGGGCAAGUCGCCCAUACUCUCAAGGCCCACCUUUCCCCUCUGUUAUAUGGGGACAAUUAGGGCCUGUGUAGAGCGCUCCCGUGAGGAUUAAAUGAGAUUAAAUACCAUGUGUGCCAUUAAAUAGAUCCCUGGCACAAAGUGGAAGGUCAAUAACUGGUGGCUGGUUUUGGUAAUAUUUUUUAAACUGUCAAGAAAAAUAAACAACAUUUUUAUUCCAGGUAAUUUACCUACAGCUCUGGUUCUCAGUCCUGGCUGCAGACUGGAAUCCCCUGGGGGAAAUUUAUAAGGAUGUCAGGCUAGAGGCCAGACAUACUAAUUACGUGGGUUUAUUCUUGGUAGAGAAUGUGUUGUAACCACAUCAGCAAAAUCCUGGUACUAUAGAUUAGCUGCAAGAUUCCAGUAAUAGCUUUGGAUUCAAAAUCUUCCUUUGCGAGGCUCUUCUCACUAAUGCAAUUUCAUUUGGAUUAAAACUCAGGGGAUCUGUGUUCCUGGCCCAACUCUGCAAUUUACCGGCUAGACGGGCCUGCUUUCUCCUUUGAAAAAUGGACAGGGUGGACCAGGAGAUCUGCAUAAAACAGCAAAGCCCAUAGGUGUUUGCUGUAGAAUCUCCCUCGCCCUGGGCAAGAGAUGCUUGCCAAACCUUGGAAGACUGUUGCUGUGGUCUUGGUGGUGGUGGUUGGGUUUGGGAAUCUGGUCUCAAGAUUGACGGUAAGAACAACAGAUGGUGAGCGUUCUGGGCUCUUGUUGGGGAGAGUGGGGCAGGACAGUUGAGGCCAGAGAGUAACUGGGCGGGUUCAGAUGUUGAGAGAAGAGGGAAGGGUGGACUGGGUAUUUGGCAAUUUAGGAGAGUUUGGGGGAAAGGAGAGGGAUGUUGAAAGGAGAUUUCUGUUUGAUCGUAUAUUGAGUAGUAGGAAACAUAUGUUCAGAUUGAGGGCCUUUCCUGUCACCACAUUUGGGUCUGCCAUAUCCAGAGGUGACUUUCUGAAUGAAAGUUGGAGCUAACGGAGGGAGGGCAGCGGGAACUGCCCCUGCUGUGUGGUGUCUGCAAAGGUCCCUGCUCCUCAGGAAAGCCCUAAUUUAUUGAGUGUCUACUAUGUGCCGGGCCCCUUCCUCAUAUUAUUGCUAAUCUUCACAACAAAUUGAAUGAGGAUACACUGUAAUUACCCCCAUCUUUCAGCGGAGGAAACUGUGUCUCAUAGGUGAGGUCACUCGCCUUUGGUCACACAGCUGCUAAGGGCAGAGCUGAGGAAAUUUAGAACUUGCCACAGCACCACCCCGCCUUGCUCUUCUCACAGCGUUCUUUUCAGUCAGUCCACGGACUGGUAGCCUGAGGGCAAGGUCUGGAAUUCGUGCUCUCUAAAAGUGCAAGAGUUCAAUACCGAAAUGAAGGCCACACCGUAAAGAGGAAUGGAGGACUGGUGCGUGCUCCAACAUGGACGAACCUCGAAAGCAUUGUGCUAAGUGCAAGAAGCCAGAACAAAAGGCCACGUAUUAUAUGAUUCCAUUUAUGGGAAAUGUCCAGAACAGGCAAAUCUAUAGAGACAGAAA